AUGUCUCCCAGCUUCUCCGUCCUGCGGGGCCUUCGCGUCCUGCGGAGCGCCUGUACCAACCACCCCCAUCUUACGACCUGCGCGGUGCUCUUCCUGGCCACGAGAGUGGGGCUUGUCCUGAUCCUUUACCCCCGCCUACAAGCAUUUCCCGAGCCACGCAUGCUGUUCCUCACCGCGCUCUUCACACUCCCGAGCUGGGGCAUCGCCAUGAGCUGCUACAGGGCCGUUGGCUGUUGGCGGGGGAUGCGAAGGAAGGACCCGGAUGAGCUAGACAAGGAGCUCGCGUGGCUAGUACUGCCCGCUCACGAGGGAGACCGUGACGUGAUUUUCGGUGCAGCGGUACGCCGUAGGCGGCGGCUGCUCAAUCUUGGGCCCAACUACCAAACGUCGGUAGCAUGUGGCUCCCUGGCCAUGAUAGGACUUGUCCUUCUGGCGACCUUUACCCUCCCCGAAAACGUCCGCUAUCAGGAUGAAAUUCGGCAUGCCCAACGCGGAGUACCCAGUAAAGCUCAGGCUGGCCACGGUUCCACUGGCGACACGAGGAUCUUCAUCGCGGCGAUGUUCCAUAACAACGAGGCGGUCAUCCCACACUGGACUAAGGAGAUUUUGCGGGUCAUAAGUUAUAUCGGAGUGAACAACGUUUUUGUUUCCGUUGUGGAAUCUUACAGUGAAGACAACUCCCCUGCCCUACUUCGCGCAUUUGAAUCCGAUGUCAUCUUACGGAAAAUACCCCACCGCAUUCUUAUCCAAGACACAACUAUUGAACGCCCGGCAAGCAUGAGAGCAUACUGGAGUUGUUGGCGACGAACGGGGGAGAGUACGACAUGGCGUGCGGGCUUGACUUCCAAUCCGGAGGUCUCUACGACCUGUGGGAUGGAGGGGAAUGCCAUCCAGGCCCGUUCUACGAUGUAGACUCAACGAAGCGGUUAAUAGAAUCCUAA